GAAUGAGUAUCCUCACCCGACCCAUGUAUCCCAUAAGAGAGCUUCGCUAACCGGUCCGCAGCAGAGGACCGUUGGGGUGAGUUCCCAUUUUUCCACCCACCAAAUCCUACUCUCUCACUGUACCCACUCCCAUCCAAGCUCCUCCUACAAUCUCCGCCGUCCACUCCACGCUCCUUUUCAUGGACCUGUCAAUUCCCGCCAUGGAUCUGUUUCUCUCGUCUUCCAAUUGCUCAACGGUUCGAUUCGCUAACCUCUACUACCGUUCCCCUGCGCCUCUCCGUAGACGAACUUUUGCCGUGAGGUCCACUGCUCUGCCAUUUCCCAACCAUAAAGCCAAGUAUUUUCGAGAGCUCCAGGCUGCUGUGGAUGUGGUGGAGAGAGCUUGUCGUCUUUGUCUUGACGUAAAAUCAUCCUUGUCUGCAAAAAGUGAUGGACGGAUUGUCGAGAAGAACGACCAGACGCCAGUCACGGUUGCGGAUUUUGGUGUGCAGGCUCUGGUCAGUUUGGAACUGGGUAAACUGUUCCCCUCAAUUCCUUUGGUCGCCGAAGAAGACUCUGCUUUCGUACGUUCAAAUAACCUAGUAGAACCUGUUGUAAAUGCAGUAACUGGUUGCUUGAGCUCUAUAGAUAAGUCAAGGACAGAAGCUGAUGUAUUGGAAGCAAUUGAUAGAGGUGGAAAGGAUGCUUUUGUGUUUUGUACUAAGCCAGCCACAUAUUGGGUACUAGAUCCAAUUGAUGGCACACGAGGGUUUCUAAAAGGAACUGAGGCCUUAUAUGUGGUAGGUUUGGCUCUUGUAGUUGAUGGAGAGAUUGUUUUAGCUGUUAUGGGCUGCCCCAACUGGAAGGAAGAUUUGAGGAAUAAAUCCAUCUCUGAGGUCCAGGGAUAUAAGAACAUUCUAUCUGAAUCAGGGAUUGUUAUGGUUGCUCACCUUGGCUGUGGCACAUGGGCAAGACGUUUAAUAUUUGAGCGGCAAGACACAAUCAAUGUGCCUCAUAGUUGGACGAGAUGCUGUGUCGACCACUAUUCCUUAGUACAUGAGGCACGCUUUUGUAUUCCAGAGAGCCAAACAUGGGAUUCUUUGCCAAUCUCAGCCCUAUUUAAUGCAACAACUGAUGCCAAUAGUAUUGGGGACAAUCAAAUUCUUCUUUUGCCACAAUGUUGUGGGAGCUUAUGCAAGUAUUUAAUGGUGGCUUCAGGUAGGGCUUCAGUUUUCAUUCUCCGCACAAGAGAUGAAAAAACUAUUAAGGCUUGGGAUCAUGCUGCUGGCAUUAUAUGUGUGCAUGAAGCAGGAGGACAGGUGAGUGACUGGGAGGGGUAUCAAAUUGAUCUCACAGCAGAUCAAACUGAACGGAGGAUUAUAUUCCCUUUGGGUGGUGUUCUUGUGACUAAUGGCACCUUACACAAUCAGAUUAUAGAGAUCAUUUAUCGUGUUUGACCAUUUGAUCACAGAAUUUUGUUUUAUCUAGGUACCCUUUUUCCUUGAGGAUAAAAAGAGAUGAGUGCAAUUCUUGAAAUUGGAUUUUUUUGAGUUCACAUGGAAUUCACACAACAUUAUUUGAUCUUAUACUUGGUCACUGUAGUCAGCUAAUAUGACCUUACACAAUUCUUUUUCCAGCUACUGCAACCCAACAGUGCAUUCAGCUGGGUAAAAAAGGAAUCAUUUUGAAUAGAUUUGGAGUUGCUUGGAAUAUUUGCUUCGGAACAAAUGUUGUAGAUCCGUAAUAGUCUUCUUUACUGUGGUUUCGUUUUCUUUCUUUUAGCCUAUUGCUAAUAUGCUUGUUCAGCUGAAUAUUCAUAUGUUUAACUGACAUGCAUGACAGAAAUUUUGUCAAAUGGAUGGUGCAACGUUUCAAUGGCUUAUUGUAAGUAUCUAGGGAUUUUUAAUGUCCUUAAUUCAGUAUGACAAAUAGCUUAUCUAGAAUCUGUAUUAUUCCCAAAGCUUAUGUCCUUUGCUACAGAGGUAAAAAAAAAAAAAAAAUCCAUUAAUGAUGUUUCAAUUAACAUAUCAAAUUGAAAGCAACAAGCAGUAUUGUUGCUGCAUAUCACAGGGGUCAUUAGAGGAUUAGUCGUGAAUCACGAGGCAUUUGGUACCUUGAUUAACUUAAUUACCAUAUCUGCUACAAUUAUAUGAUACUAUUUAACUUUUGUUGAUGAAAACAGUUUGGCUAUCGGAUACCUGCUAGCCACACUCCCCCUCCCCUUUCGCUCUCUUUCAGGAAUACAAAUGUCAGUCAAAGUAAAGAAAUUUUUUACAUGUUUGCAACAACUCUUCCUUUUAUGUGUUGUCGUUAUGGUAUUGUACUUAACAGGAGCAUUGAUGCUUGUCAUGAAGACUAAUAACUAGUUCUCGAGAUUUUCAUAUCGAAAUUGGUGAUGGAAAUGCUAUAAUGUGAUGUGAGUAAUGUUUUUAUCAAUGUUUGUCUUACUUUAUUCCACUUGUAUUGAAAGAAUGGUUGAUGAACUCUAAGCGAAUUAUUUGACUUAAAAGAUUUCAUUUACAUUAGGUUUUCUCCAUUCAAAUUAUCUAGCUUAGUUGAAGAAAGAUUUUCCCAAGUUUGCAUCUUCAUCAAAGCUGAACAUUUGCCCUAAAUUAGCAAGAAAAACAGCUCUGUUUCGAUAUGUUUCCGGGGAUCUAUGUUACUACAUUGAAUGCGUGUGGGAUCAACAAUUAGAGUUCAUACUGUGAUUCUGGUUGGAUCUUACUGUUUGGCUACGAAAAGCAUUAGAGUAAUGAGACAGAUCUUGUGAGAUCUUUGUUUUUUGACUUGUUCAGCUGAACAAACUGUACGGAAUGAAUCGUAUAGUACAGUUGGCAGGAGGUGUUAUAGUCGUAGUUGAUGGCCAGAAUACAAGCACAAUUUCGUUACCUCUCUAAGAGGUUUUGACUUUUGCUAUUUUUUUUAACCUCUUCAGUAGUUCGACUUUGCUCUUAUUAUUAUUAUCAUUAUCAUUAUUAUUAUUAUUAA